GGCCACAGGCGCAGGGGGGCGAGAGAGACCGUGGUCACGUUCGGGAAGCGGCCGACGCCUGCCUGCCUGGUAGCAACCAUCCAAAAAUCCUCCAUCGCUUCCCCGUCUUUUCCUUCCUUCCUCGCUAGCUUCUCCCUCACCCACCUCCCUCUCCAUUCUUCCUUCCUCCUGUUUCCCGUACCAUACCACCACACCACACCACGCUGCUGCGCUGCCAUCAUCCAUCCAGAUAGCCACCCUACCAAUCGCGGUUGCUUUCCCUCGCCCCAACCACUCCAACACCGCACGGAGCCGAGCCGAUCCAAUCCAAUCCGGCCCCAUUAACCCCCUCCGCGCCCGAUUCCAAUCGCGCCUCCGCCAGCUCCGACCUCCUCCCGGCCGAACCCGUCGGCGGCGAUCGAGCAGAUCCGGGCGCCGUCCCGUCUACCUCUCCCUGUGAUGCGCGGAUCCGGGCGGUGACCGGCGGCGGGAGCGGGCGAGCCAUGCCGAGCGUCGGCGUGAAGAUCUACAGCGUCUUCUUCAAGCUGCUGCUGCGCCACCGCCUCCAGUCGCUCGCCGCCGCCGCCGCCGCCGGCGCCGACGGCGACGGCGACGCGGCCGCCUUCGGUGUCUCCUGCCGCGCCGACGAGGCCACGGCGCCGGCCAACCCGGCCUUCUCCGCGGCCGACGGGGUCGCCUCCAAGGACCUCCACAUCGACCCCAACUCGGCGCUCUCCCUCCGCAUCUUCCUCCCCACGCCGCCGCCGCACCACCCGCACCUCCUCCACCCGCGCCGCGCCAGCGACCCCGCCGCCGGCCAGGCGGGCGCGCCCUACCGGGGCUACCUCCCGCACGCCGUCUCCUCCCCGCGGGCCGCCGCCUCCGCGCGCCGCAGGCUGCCCAUCGUCGUGCAGUUCCACGGCGGCGGCUUCGUCACCGGGAGCAACUGCUCCGCCUCCAACGACGCCUUCUGCAGGCGGGUCGCCAAGUUCUGCGACGCCAUCGUCGUCGCCGUCGGCUACAGGCUCGCGCCCGAGAGCCGCUACCCCGCCGCCUUUGAUGACGGGGUCAGGGUGCUUAGGUGGAUCGCCAAGCAGGCCAAUCUCGCCAUGAUGAGCAAGGUUGGGGGCGGGGUGGACACGUUCGGUGCUUCCACCGUCGAGCCCUGGAUCGCUGCGCAUGGUGAUCCGGCAAGAUGUGUCCUACUUGGUGUAAGCUGUGGUGCCAACAUUGCUGAUUUUGUCACUAGGAAAGCGGUGGAAGAUGCAAAGCAAUUUGAGCCAGUCAAGGUCGUUGCACAGGUUCUGAUGUAUCCCUUCUUCAUAGGAAGUGUUCCAACACACUCGGAAAUAAGGCUUGCGAACUCAUACUUCUACGACAAAUCCACAUGCUUACUUGCCUGGAGAUUACUUUUAUCAGAGAAAGAGUUCAGCUUGGACCAUCCUGCUGCCAACCCCCUGGCCCCAGGCAGAGGAGGCCCGCCACUGAAAUGCAUGCCUCCAACCUUGACAAUCGUUGCGGAACACGACUGUAUGAGGGACAGAGCAAUUGCUUACUCCGAGGAACUCCGCAAGGUAAAUGUGGACGCGCCAGUCCUCGACUACAAAGAUACAGUCCAUGAGUUCGCAACACUUGAUGUGUUCCUCAAGACGCCACAGGCCCAGGCCUGUGCCGAAGAUAUUGCCAUAUGGAUGAAGAAAUACAUAUCCCUGAGAGGGCACGAGUUCUCGUAUUAGCUGUAGCAAAAGAUCAGCGUUGUGAAAUAGAGUCUUUACGGGAAGCAUCGGUGCAUUCUUUUUCACCUGGUGAUGGGAGGCACUGCAAGUUAAAAGGCGAGGAACCAGUUAGGCGUAAUAUGAGAGUGCUGAGUACCUUUCCCCUUUAUUGAUGAUCCUUGUGGAAGAAUGUAGUGUGCAAAUUGUAGACUGAACUCAAAGACAGAUGCUCUUCCGCCUCAUAGAGCUCAAUUCUUUCAUUCCUUUUGUACCCUUUGUGAAGUAUUGAAUUGCCGGGUCUCGAAAUCACCAUUUUUGAGAAAAGAAUUAUCACCCUAAGCUGUUGGCAUGCCACAACACGUGAAUAAUUUAUACCAUCCAACAUUGUCAA